AUGCCAGUUGUAAAUUGUGGUGUUAUGAAGGGUGGCAGAAUAAAACUGGAAAAUAAAAAGGUGUCUUUCUACAAACGGGCACAAAUACUUGUGGCUGAUACCUGGAGUGUAUUAGAAGGCAAAGGAGAUGGCUCUUUUGAUGACAUUUCUAGCCUGACUAUAUUUGCUGACUACAGAAUUCCUCAAGUUCUCGUUCAUUUAAAAGCAAUGAAGUAUUCUGAAGAACUAAUGAAGAAACUACGUGAAGGAAGAAUUUUCCAGUCUGGAGACAAGGAGGAGGUGGAGAUCCGUGGCUGCUCUAUUUGGUGUUGCACGUUGAUUUGUAAGCACCUGCUGGAGCUCUAUGAGAAGAAGGGUCAGGACAUGCGUGGGAAGAUCAACGCGGUUUUACUCGAUUAUUAUCUUUGGGACUAUGCCAGGGAUCACAGGGGAGAGAUGGAAGAUAUUCCGUUCCACCGCGUUCGCUGUAUCUAUUACUGA